AUGAGUGCUAGCGCGAGUUUUACUUUAAUGGCGACUUGGUUCUUUGUGACGACGAAUUCACUGGAAAACAUUUCGGACAAUGGCUGGAGACCCAUGUCAAACGAAAAAGUAGCUGAAUUACGAAAUUUCAUUAAAAAUCCCCGGAAUGUUGGAUUUUCGGCACAUCCGGAUAUCUUGGAAAGGAGAGAAAUAAAAAUUCCCAAUGAAAGUAAACAGUCUACAAAAGAAUAUGGAGUCAUUUUCCCGUACUGGAGGGAAGAAUCUAAAAAGAACACUGAUUUCGAUUUUAUUCAUAAGACAGCACCAAAUAUUUUAGAACUUCAAAGUGAUUUAUAUCCUAAACAAAUAGUUCGUAAAGCUAAGAAAAUUGACGAUACCUAUAGUCAAUCUAACAAAAAUGCAAUUGAUGAAGAAGAUAUUAAAAAAUUAAACAAUGCAGAACUAAAUAUAAAAAGUGAAUCAAAUAAUUAUGAAGUAAUCGAGAAUGUAAGAGAUGAUGAAAAGAAAGAAGUAGAGGAAAUAGAAAGCACCGUUGGAUAUGUUUAUGAGAAGCCCAAAGCGGAAGCAAAGGAAAUGAAUCAUUUAACUAAAAACCUUUUUAGUAUUCUAGCUAAUUACAAUAUAAGAACUAGUGAUAAAUUACCUAAUUAUGCUUUAUCUUUGCGACAAAACAGCCGGAAUUCUGACCAAGAUUUUAUUUACAUGCAAGUACCUAUAAAGCUCCCUCUAAGAUACAACAGUCCUGAACAUUUACCUCUUGACUCCUUAUUAGCCGUGUUUUUGUCGAAUUAUGGCUAUUAUUUGCCCGGACUAUAUGGAUUUCAACGAAAUUACAAUAACUUAUAUGGAUAUUUAGCAUCUAACAAUAUUCAUAAUAACAAACCUUUUGGUUCUUAUAAGAUCUUUUCAGAUACUGAUUCGUUUCAUAAAUAU